CGAAACCGGGGCCAAAAGCGGCGAAAUCGGGAAAAAAGGGACAAAAAACCGGACAAAAUCGGGUAAAAAAAAAAGGGAAAAAAUCGGGCAAAAAAAGCGGCGAAAUCGGGAAAAAAGGAUAAACCGGGAGCACCCGGGAUAAAGCGGGACCGAGCGGGAUUGGCCAGGGACAAACCGGGACCGGCGGGGACCACCCGGGACAAACCGGGAGCACCCGGGAUAAAGCAGAGACAAAGCGGAACCACCCGGGACAAAGCGGGACCGACCAGGGUCAAACCGGGGCCACCCGGGACAAAGCGGAACCACCCGGGACAAAGCGGGACCGAACCAGGACAAGCGGGAAGGAUCGGGAGCACCCGGGACAAAGCGGAACCGGUGUUUAUCCCAGCAUCCGCUGCCCAGCCCCUCCCAGGAUGCCGCCGCCGUCCGUGCCGCCGUCCGUCCCGCUGUCCGUCUGCCUGUCCGUGCUGCUGCUGCCCGUGCCGUGCCGCGCCCUGGGCACGUGCCGCACGCUGGACCUGGAGGCGGCGCGGCUCAAGCGCAUCGAGGCCGUGCGGGGCCAGAUCCUGAGCAAGCUCCGGCUGCCGGCGCCGCCCGCGGAGCCCGGCCCGGCCCCGGCGCUGCCCGAGGAGGUGCGGGCGCUCUACAACAGCACCCGCGAGCUGCUGCGGCAGCGGGCGCGGCUGCGCGAGAGCCAGGAGAGCCAGGAGACACAGGACUACUACGCCAAGGAGCUGCUGCGCUUCCCCAUGGAGAGCCCCGGGGACGGUGACCCGGAGCUCUGGCGCCCCUCCCCCCGCAGCCUGUAUUUCCGGUUUAACGCCUCGCGGGUGCGGGCGGGGCUGGGCCGGGCCGAGCUGAGCCGGGCCGAGCUGCGCAUGCUCAAACAGGGCACGGGGCAGGGGGCGGCGGCGGGGACAGCGGGGACAGCGGCGGGGACAUUGGGAGCGGAGCAGAGAGUGGAGCUCUACCAGGGUUUCGGGAACUCCUCCUGGCGUUUCCUGCACGGCCGCUCCGUUCGCGUCACCGCCGAGGACGAGUGGCUCUGGUUCGAUGUCACCGACACCGUCCGGCAGUGGCUGCGCGGCUCCGAGCCCCUGGGGCUGUUCCGCCUCAGCGCCCACUGCGCAUGCGAGCCCGAGCCCGGCGAACACGGCGACGGCCCCGCCCUCAAAAUCAACAUCGAAGGGUUUGAGCAGGAGCGCGGGGACAUGCAGAGCAUCGCGCGCCGGCACCGCCGCGUCCCGCACGUCCUGGCCAUGGCGCUGCCGCCCGAGCGCGCGCAGGCCCUGCCCGGGCACCGCCAGCGGAGGGCGCUGCAGGGACAGCACUGCGGGGGCCCCGAGGAGCAGAGCUGCUGCGUGCGCCCCCUGUACAUCGAUUUCCGGCGGGACCUGGAGUGGAAGUGGAUCCACGAGCCGCGGGGGUACAUGGCCAACUUCUGCGGGGGGCCCUGCUCCUACAUCUGGAGCGCCGACACCCACCACACCAAGGUGCUGGCCCUGUACAACCUGCACAACCCCGGCGCCUCGGCCGCGCCGUGCUGCGUCCCGCAGAGCCUGGAGCCGCUGCCCAUCGUCUAUUACGUGGGGCGAAAGGCGCGCGUGGAGCAGCUCUCGGGGAUGGUGGUCAGCGCCUGCAAGUGCAGCUGACCCCGAAACCCCCCGGAAUCCACCCCAAAAAAACCCCAUCCCACCCCUAAAAAUUUCUACAUUUACCCCGAGAAGUUCCUGGCUUUGUUGGAUCAAUAAAUUUUAUUUAAUUUCUAA